GCAAAGAUGGGAAGCCAACGAAGUGACAGAAAAUAGUUUCCUAGUGAUGAUGACUUCCCCUUUCUUCCAGAAUCCAGAUUGGGACAGGUCGCAGCACGACCCUUCAGAAAUUUUGUUCGAUUCGAGUUCAAGCAAUGUUGUUCUUGAUCCUAUCCACGACUCUCUUUCCUUCGACAUGGUUGACUUCUCCACGCCGCCAACACAAGGAAACCACAACGAGUCAAAGCAAUUUGAUGUGGUGAAUUCUGAAGCGCAGAAUAAGGAAAGGUCGUACAUAGGAGUGAGGAAAAGGCCUUGGGGAAAAUUUGCAGCAGAGAUCAGAGACACAACAAGGAAUGGUGCAAGGGUUUGGCUUGGAACCUUUGACACUGCAGAGGCUGCUGCGUUGGCUUAUGACCAAGCUGCAUUUUCCAUGAGAGGCCAUAGUGCUGUACUCAACUUUCCUGUGGAAAGGGUCAAAGAGUCUUUGCAAGGGAUCCAUUAUAAUGGGUCUUCUCCUGCACUUGCACUCAAGGAGAGGCACUGCAUCCAACGAAAAUUGUCAUCAAAAGGUAGAAAGUGUAAAGGGACCGAGACAUCAACAUCGAGUGUGGUGGUGCUAGAGGACUUGGGAGUUGACUAUCUAGAGCAACUUCUAACCAUAUCUGAUCAAAGUGCAACCCGUAGCUACUUCAACUAA